GUUCCAGCGAAGGAAGGUGGAAUGCUUUCUGGAAUAGCAGCAGCAGGAAGGCCGAAUGGACGAGAGGAUGCGAGUGAGGAUGUUUGCGUGUGUGUAGGAUUGUAGGGUGCCGAGGUGUUUGGAUUGUCAGUUUGGUUUGGUUGGGGGCGAUGGAGAUGGAGGUGGAGAAGGAGCAAACGGAAGGUGCGGAUGAAGGUGUGGAACUGGGGGUAGAGAAGAAGGUGAGAGUGAAGGUGCUUUUGUUUGCCCGAGCUCGAGAGCUCGCUGGAGGUUCGGAGUUUGACUUGUCCGUCGCGGAUGGUUCUACCACUGCCGAUUGCGUCGCAGAGCUCACGACUCGGUUUGCGGCCCUGGAGGUCAUGCGGGAGAGUAUCGUCGUUGCUUUGAACUUCAAUUACAUUACGGAUCCCGUAGAGGUCAAGGACGGUGACGAAUUGGCCAUAAUUCCUCCUAUCAGUGGUGGAUAAGUUUUCCUCCUCUUUUACUUCGCCUCCCUCGGCGUCUGUUGUCCGCUGCCGAAGCAUUAGUAAACCUAAUGUGUAAGGCGCUGCUUUGUGGAUUGGAAAGAUUGGAGUUUCGGGUAAGAUUCGAGCUCAGCAAUGAUUUGCAUCAAUAUGUGAUGUUCUUGAGAAGUUAGCAACGUGUCGAAACCACUGAGGUGUUCAUAAGAGAUUGCGUCCUGUAAUGGCUCUUCUGCGCGAACACCUAUCAGUAAUUGUAGAUCUGGCAUUCAGUGAAAAUAUUUUCGAUAGUCCUAUUCUUGUAUCCUACUAGGCGCAUUCCAAAUUUUGCACGAGCAUCUUCUUCAAAAUGCUCAACACUGAACGUAGAUCAGGUUGAUAGAUGGAUCGCAGCGGAGAUGAUGAAGACUUUGAUGCCUUGCAAGAUCGAAUAGUUCCCAUUGUUGUAGUAAUGUCCGAGAUCAGUAUAAUCUAUGUCGGCGAACUCUGUGUGCCGCUCGUGUGAUCUUUGUG